UUUUUGGAGGUGCUGAAUUAAAAAAAAUUAAACCAAAUGGAAGCGCAAAGUGUAAACAUCAUAUAGAAUGUGCAUUGCAUUUAGUCCUUACGUUUUAAAAUUGUUCAAAGUCAUUAAAAAUAUGGUUAUGGAUUUUUCUUGACAAAUCAUUUGAAUGAAGAGGUCAUGAUAAGAUAAUGUUUGGGUAUACAUUUGGGUAAGAGAUAUCUCUGAGAAAAUCUUCAAUAGUAUUUCAUUAUCGUCAAAUUCCUUGUUGAGACGAGCAAAGAAUUUAAAUUAGAAAAACAAGAUCUCCCUCUAACAAUUAAACUCAGCAAUGUCUUAACAUGUCCUUGUCUCGUAGUAGCAUGUAAAAGUACAAAACAUUAAGUUAUAAAAUACAAAGCAUUAAUUAUUCGACAAUUUGUAACAAGAAAAUGGCAAAUGCGUAGUCUUCAAAAAGGAUGAAAUAUUAGUUAUUGUACCGAAAGUGUUUAGUGCGAUGUCAUAUUGGAAUGAACUGAAUUGUAUUAUUGAUUUAUAGUCGUGAAAUUCUUAAACAUAUGUUGUAAAGUUUUCCUAUUAUAUUUAUCUUGAGGCUCUAUAAAGCAGCUGUUGAGAGCCCGUUGAAGAAAAGCAAAAUAAUUUAUUGAAUAAAACAACAAGGCAAUGUUCUUUUAAAAGUUAAAAAUUGUGAAAGCGAUUUUUUGUCGCCCAAACGUGAACUAUAUCGAUACAUUUGAUGUUUACAGCCUAUUACAAUUUUAACCACUUUUACAAGUGACAUUUUAAAAUAUGUGGUUAAACAGCGGCUGAUAUGCACUUCUCAAGAUUAUAGAAUAUUAUUAUCAACUGUACCUCAACUGCUUGUCUAUUUUAUAGCGCGACUCUAACAUCUUUUACAUCGUUCUUCUUAUAUUUAGAGAGGUGAUUAUAUAAGGUAUGUAGCUAUGAGGAAUUAGUGUAUAAUUUGCUUGUGGAGUUCUGUUCAUUAAUGCCGUCAUUGUGAAAAGCUUUUUGAAACUCUCGAAAUUCGACGACAUGCUCCCAUAAACAAUGCCGCGAUUUGAUCAGGAUGUGAAACAUGUUUUUUUAGUUACAGUUUCAGUUUUUAAAAAGUUAUGUUGAAAUUGUUAAAAUUACAUGUUAAAAUCUUAAUGAAUCUGCACUCGCUUGUUCUUAGUUUGUGGAGUAUUUGAAGACACACACAGCUAUAUUGCACAACUUCAAAUAUAGAAAACCAUAUGGGGGGGCUAUUGACCAAAAUUAAUUACGUUUCUUCAAUGAUGUGUUAUUUUCAUAAUAUACGACAAACGCAAGAUGUGUUUGAAACAACACAAAGAUGAAUUGAAAACUCGAUGCUGAAUUUGCACAGGCGCAUAAUGUUAUGUACACAUAAAAACAUGACAGAGUGAAGUGUCCACGUGACUUUCUAAAAUCUUCAAUUCCUUAUACUUUUUCUAAAUAUUUCUUUUGACAGUAAAGUCAGCCGCACUCAUAACUGUUGUGGUAAUAACUAUUCGUUUCUUUUUUGCAUUUUGUACUUUGUAGGCUUUGGUGUUUUUCUAUUGCCACUAUAGCAGCUAAUUCGUCAUCUCUAUAUAUCUGACAUGGUUUUUUGAUUGUUUGUUACAAUUUUACUCAAUACUGCAUGGGAAAACUUUGCUUGUAGUUUAAUGUCAUCUAAGCAGUUGUUAUUGAGUUAUCAAAGACGUGUUGAAACGAUAUUUUAAACUGUUGGCAGUAUCUUUCAUAUCGAUAAGACUAAAGCUGUCAUUUUGAGAACAAUACAUUGAGCAACAUUUAAUAUUGUGGAAAGUGUUACUCUCUACCUACGGAAUAUUUGUAUCGAUUAUAUCACUGUUGUAAAUCAUUUCAUCUUUGGAAAGCUCAAAAUGGUGUUGAAGGCGUUUCUCCUGUGUAUGUUGGUGUGUUCUUCAAUGGAUUAAACGUUUGUGUCUUCGCAAUUUCGACCAAUGGGAAUUGUCAAUUGGAAAGUAGGCGAUAUAUCUGUGCGAAUGUCACGAAAUUUCCAUCAAGACAGGAUAUACCUGGAAAUACUAGUGUUGUCGAACUAACUUCUUCUACUUUGAUUGGUCACCAAAGAAUAGAUUUGCCUGCUAGUGUUAGUGACGUAGUUAUAAAGAAAUCGAUGUUGGGGAAAAUUGGAAAUCUAACUUUCUACAAGAGAUUGAAAGUGUUACGAAUUGAAAAGAGCACAAUCAUCGACAUGAGAGAACUACCUGAAAAUGUGGAAGAAUUGAGAAUUUAUUCUUCUACAAUAAAAUCUGUUAUUGGACAUGAAUCACCAAAUUACGUUCUCGAUGUGUUAUCAAUAUCCGAUAGCAAUAUUACCAAUUCUAAAAUCAAACCUGGAGCAUUGGACAAUCUGUUUGAUCUCAUUCAUUUGAUAUUGGAUAACAAUAAGUUGAAAUCAGUUCCUGUUUUUAACAGUCCUCACAAGAAACUUAGAAAAGUAGAUUUACGUAACAACAAUAUUGAGAAAGUUGAUAGUGAAUCAUUCAAAAAAAUUUCAGUCCUUAAUGAUUUGAAUUUGAGUUAUAAUAAAAUCAAGAUUUUACCUAAUAACUUGUUUCCGGUCAAUAGCUCCCUUGCAAUAUUGGAUCUUUCACACAAUCCAAUUACAAGUAUUGAACCAUCAGCAUUUAAAGGCUUGCGUUGUUUGACUACACUAUACUUGGACAGCAUCAAUAUAGAGUAUUUACCAACAGAUGGGCUUAAAACGGUGAAGGUUUUAUACUUGGAUGGUGUAAGAAGACUAAAUAGGAUUCCUCCUGGUUUGGACUCAAUAGAAAGGGUAAGGUUAGCCGAAGGAAAGUCUCACCUGUGUUGUCAAGUGAUCAACGAUAAGUUUGAAGCAUUUCAAAGAGCUCAAACAUACGAUAAUGAACAUGAAAAGACCUGUAACGGUCUUUCCAUUGAUACUGAUAUUGUUGAGAACUCCAAUUUCAGUUUCACCAUUGUUAGUGAAACUCCAGAGAACAUUCAUGAUCCUAAAUUGAGCCGCAAAAAGGAAAUAUUUGUACCAGUUAACUGCACUCCGGAAAAAACACCUUUCCAACCGUGUGAAGAUAUCAUGGGUAGCAAGGGGCUUACAGCCGCAUCCUUUAUUAUUUCCUUACUUGCUUUAUGUGGGAAUUUCGUCGUUCUCCUGGUGUUUGCCUUUCUGCCAAGAAACUAUAAUGUUUCACGGUUUCUUGUUACGAAUUUAGCGAUAGCAGACAUGUCAUUGGCUGCCUAUCUGUUCGCGCUGGUUGUCGAGUCAAUUGUAACAUCGGGUAAAUACUUUUUGUACGUUGAAAAACUUCAGUAUAGUUGGAAUUGUGAUGUCCUUGGUGCACUGGCUAUACUUUCAAACCAGUUAUCUGUUUUUUCUCUUACAAUGAUAACUGUCGAACGCUAUUUAACUGUAGUCUACGCAAUGUACCCGCGAUACAGAUUGUCAAUGCGGACAGCGGUCGUAUGUAUGACAUUUGUUUGGUUACUCGCUCUCACGUUAGCAAUUUUGCCAGUUGUUGGAAUUGGAAGUUAUCGCAAGGUUGCCAUUUGCCUUCCUUUUGAUACAGAAAACGGCGGUGGCUAUUAUUUAUCUACCUUGAUUGGUCUCAACGGUUCUUGCUUCCUUUUCAUAUGUACGCUGUACGCUCUAAUGUAUCGGUCUGUAUUCGUGACAAAUAACUCCACACCCACUCGUAGGCAAGAUUCAAAAGUUGCUCGAAGAAUGUUCGUGUUGGUAGUUACUGACUUUGCAUGUUAUGCCCCGAUUGCCGUAGCAAGUAUAGCUGCAUUACUGGGACAUACACUUAUCGACGUGGAACAAUCGAAGAUUCUACUCGUGUUUUUCUUCCCUCUCAAUGGGCUGUUAAAUCCCUUUCUUUACGCUAUUAUCACAAAGGCGUUUCGAAGAGAUCUCGCAUCAAUUUUGGAGAUGUGCUUCAGGUGCGGUGGCUAUCUCAAAAGUCAUGUUGCGAAUCUUCCCUCCCGCUCCAUUCAUAGCUCUGAAGACGUGUUGAGUAAUAAAUCUGCGCGACCCUCCAACGUUGAUCUGGUUGCUUUAAAUGGUACUGAUGUCCCAGGAUCUGUGGACAAUCCGGCUUCGGUUUCUCUUUCAAAGUCCGAACCAAAUCUGACAAAGAUUGAAAGUAAGGAUGCUAUGCAUACUUUUAAGAGGGAUUUUAAGGAUAUCGGGUGUAGAAGAAUCGAGUUCACUAUUCUCAAGUUUAUUGGUAUGAUUUAGAAUUCGAAAUCUCAAGUAGUUAAUAAGUUUCAAACAUAGAAUAGGACUUCGUUGAUCGAUUAAAUGAAUAUUGCGAGGAUGGCAGCAAUGAUGGGACUUCACGAAUGUUGGUAUAUAUAAGUUGUUAAAAAUAUGUUCAAGAGAACCUUUAAAUUUUUGUGAAAACCCACAUGCAGAAUUCAUGUCUUAUUUUAAAUGUCAUGCCAAAGACAAUGAUUUUGUACUUAUGUGUACAUAAAUGUACAUACAUAAAUAUGCAUAAAUGUGUUUCAGUCUUGUAUAUUGUAAUUUAUGGUUAGUAUGUUGAUAUAUAUUUAUGAUUCAAGUUGUAAGAUUUUAUUAAAAAGAUAAUUAUAUUGUUGAAAGGUUGA